AUGGCCCAUCCAAUAACGAUUGCAACGUGUUCUCUAAACCAAUGGGCUCUCGACUUUGAUGGCAAUCAUCAGAGGAUAUUGCAAUCGAUUAAGCUGGCCAAAGAGGCCUCAGCUUCGAUCAGAGUCGGCCCUGAACUUGAAAUCUCUGGCUAUGGUUGUUUUGAUCAUUUUCUAGAAGCGGACACGGUAACACAUUCAUGGGAGGUAUUAGCCAAACUACUAGCCUCACCAGAAACCUUAGACAUACUGUGCGAUGUUGGAAUGCCAGUGAUCCAUAGAGGGGUACUCUAUAACUGUCGGGUGCUAUUCUAUAACUCCAAAAUCAUCCUGGUCAGGCCCAAGAUGUGGAUGGCCAAUGACGGAAAUUACAGGGAGUUGAGGUACUUUAGUUCGUGGAGACAAGACAGGAAGAUCGAACAACUCUUGCUUCCCCGGGAGCUUCGAUUGAUUACCGCUCAAACUUCAGUGCCCAUUGGACUCGCGAUCAUUGUGACAGACGAUACUUCGAUAGGGAUAGAGACUUGUGAAGAACUCUUCACACCCAAUUCACCUCAUAUCCAACUGAGUUUAGAAGGCGUCGAAAUUUUUCUAAAUUCUUCUGCCUCCCAUCAUGAACUACGAAAGUUGCACACGAGGAUUGAAUUGAUUGAGGAGGCCACCGAGAAGGCAGGUGGAGUUUAUGUGUAUGCCAACCAACAAGGCUGCGAUGGUGAUCGGAUAUACUACGAUGGAUGCUCCUUAAUCUCUCUUAACGGGAAACUGAUCAGCCAAGGCUCUCAGUUCUCAUUGAAAGAUGUUGAGGUGAUUGUGACGACCGUUGACCUCGAGACCGUUCGGACGCAUCGGGUUGGAAGGAACAGUCGGAACCAACAGGCCGCGUUGAACAUCGCUCCCCUCGGCCCUUACGAACGCGUCUAUCUCACCGCUGAUCUCACUAGACAUCCUCCUCCUAUUGCAGUCGGCCAACCCAUUCCCGCUAUCUAUCACACACCCGAAGAAGAGAUCGCACUUGGACCAGCCUGUUGGCUUUGGGAUUAUUUGAGACGCAGCGGAAUGAAAGGAUAUUUCGUUCCUCUAAGUGGUGGGAUCGAUAGCUGUGCGACAGCAACGAUUGUAUAUUCGAUGUGCACAUUGGUUGCCAAAGAGGCCAGACUAGGCAAUCAACAGGUCAUUGAUGAUGCCGUCAGAAUCACCAGCGAACGUCCUGACUAUGUCCCCCUGGAUCCUCAGGAAUUCUGUAACAAAAUCUUCCAUACUUGCUACAUGGGCACCGAGAACUCAAGUCCAGAAACUCGGAAGCGCGCUAAAGAUCUUGCGAGUGCAAUCGGAUCAUAUCAUACUGAUCUAAAUAUGGACGCCGUUGUUACCGCUAUCCGGACCUUAUUCGCAGUCACCACCGGUAAGACUCCGCUGUUCAAGAUUCACGGCGGAACCCAAACUGAGAAUUUAGCGCUUCAGAACAUCCAGGCACGGUUGAGGAUGUUGUUGAGUUACAUGUUUGCCCAGUUGUCACCGUGGGUUAGGGGCACCAAUGGUGGUCUCUUAGUCUUGGGCAGUGCGAAUGUGGACGAAAGUUUGCGAGGCUAUAUGACAAAAUAUGAUUGUUCAAGUGCAGACAUAAACCCGAUUGGUGGAAUCAGCAAGACUGACCUUAAGCGAUUCAUCGCCUAUGCACAAACCAAAUUUGACCUACCGAUACUAGAACAGUUUUUGACUGCCGUCCCAACCGCCGAAUUGGAGCCCAUCACAACCGACUAUGUGCAAGCAGAUGAGGUUGACAUGGGUAUGACUUAUGACGAGUUGUCGAUCUAUGGGCGACUGAGGAAGGUAGAGAAGUGCGGACCUUACAGCAUGUUCAGAAGACUAGUCCAAGACUGGAACUCAUUCUUGAGCCCUAUCGAGAUUGCUGGAAAAGUCAAGCAUUUCUUCUUUGAGUAUGCCAAAAAUCGACACAAAAUGACCACGCUCACUCCAAGCUAUCAUGCAGAGACAUAUUCACCAGACGAUAACCGAUUCGAUUUGAGACCGUUCCUCUAUCCGGUAAAAUUCGACUGGCAGUUUCGGAAGAUUGAUCAAGAGGCUGAGGCGAUGCCAGAUGAAAGUUUGAAGUUGAAAGCCAAGGUCGAAUAA